AUGGCAUCCAACGAUGACCUCAAGGCCCAUGCGGCCUCGAACCAAGAUUUCUACGCUCUCCUGGAUAUCCCCGCUGCAGCAUCGGAGAGUGAAAUUCGACGUGCCUAUCGACGAACCGCGCUCAAAUACCAUCCCGAUAAGAUUGCAAAUCCCACCCCCGCAGAUAUCGACAAAUUCCACCUACUCCAGAUCGCCUAUGAUGUGCUUUCGGAUCCGUCCAUCCGACAACUGUACGAUAACGCGCGGGAGGCGCGACAGCGGAAGCAGCGCGAGCGGGACAUGAUGGAUGCGGCGAAGCGGAAGAUGCGAGAGGAUCUGGAAGCUCGAGAACGCGCCGGAACCGGAGCCGGGGCCCAGAGAGGAGUGAAACGGUCAUGGGGCAUGGUUAGGACUGAUGCAGAUGCCGAGGAUGCCGAGGAGAAGCUGCAGCGGGAGAUCGAGCGGAUUGCAGAGGAUGGACGACGGCGACGACGCGAGGUUGAAGAUCGAUUAAAACGCGAGAUGGAGGACGAGCAACGACGUAUGCGUGAAGAGGAAGAAGCGGCUCAGCGCACGGCGGAUAAGAGCAGUCAACGAGUCGAUCGGUCGCAGGAAGGUGGCGCAAAUGUGCCUGAGCUGGAACGAGGGGUGAAAGUGCGCUGGGUUCGUGAGGGUCGGGGUUUGAAGUUGGAUCAGCAUCGCUUGACAUCUUUGUUCGCUCCAUUUGGCAAAAUCGAAAAUAUCCUCAUCCUCAAGGACAAACGACAGCGUCUCGGGGACAAGCGAGAGAAGAAGACGAUCGCCACGGGCGUUGUGAUCUUCGCGUCAAUCGUCAGUGCACAUGCUGCCGUGCUAGACAGCGAAAAGAAGAAAUGCCAACACGCUAGCCAGACAGAUACCGACUGGAAUUUGAUCGACUCGGUCACUUGGGCAUCUGCCAACCAGCCGGAUUUAAGCAUGGGCGAGAAUCAUCAUGCAGCUUCUCAUCCCUCAAAGCAGAACGGGACGUCUCCAGCUUCAGAAUCGGCCUCUCCCAAGCCCAGCUUUAACUUCCCAGGCCUGAAGGUGACAGGGUCCAGUGACUCUGGAAAGAAGCCCGGGAAGUUGUCUUUUGCUUCGUUUUCUACUGCGGCUGCCAACUCAGCGAAAUCAGGACCCAGUUCCAGUGCUUCCGUCAACGCACCAACGACUCCUAGCUUGGAAGAGGUGACGUUGAUGCGACUGAAAACUGCACAGCGUGAAAAAGAGCGAAAGGCUCUGGAGGAGCAGCUCAGAAAAGAGGAUGAAGCCGCAGACGCAGCAGAGGCUGCGGCCACCGGAGCUCAAUUAUAA